UAACUUUAGCGAAAUUCAAUUAAAAACUUCGUAAUGACUCCAUUUAGCACUUCAUUAUGAGAUAAUUGACUAUUUUUAAUUAAGAAACAUUCAGGCGGAGACUGCCGUGUGUCUCGGAGUGACUCGUCGAGAUGAGACAUUGUUUGUCUUUAUUAUUCAUCGUGCUUUUAAAGAAUGCCGCUUCUUCGUCUACCACCACGCCUAUAUUCGAGAGCACAACAUCAAAUGAAACGACUGCGACAGAUUACAACUUUACCACAACAAUAAUUACCACGACCACGGUUGCACCGGACAUCAUCGAGACAACGCUGUUCAAUAGAUACGUCUUUGAAGGGGUGGAUUAUGAUGUCCUACCUCAGAACUUACGAGAUUUGUAUAACGAUUGCUAUGGACAAAAUAUCCGGUGUGUGAGGCAUAGAACGGACCAUUAUCCCGUGUGCGGCUAUAAUCUGAAAUCGGGGUACUACGAUGAUUAUUACGGACCGUGUGAAAUCGAAUUGCAGAACUGUUAUUACAGAGUUAAAAAAGGCUACGGGAUAUACGGGACUGAUUACAAAAACGAUAUCAUUUUCUAUAAUGGCGAAGGCUAUAACUGUAUAUAUUAUUUAAGAAAAGCGAAAAGUAAAGAGGAAAUGCACAAACUUUACAUGGGAGAAGAUUACGACGACGAUGGAUCUCGACGACGUGGUUGGAAAGGAUAAUAAAUUAUUCAUUGACAAUUUUACAAUUUUGCUUUAGUUUACCGACUAAACAAAAUGAAUAUUAAACUAUCGAUUGUCUUCAUAAAAUUAGUUAUUCGACUAAUACAAGAAGAUUGGAUAUCUUCGAUCUCUCCCCUUCGUAUUUAAAGCAUUUCUAUUUUCCUACAAAACCAAUUUCAGGGUAUACUGCAAGUAGGGUUCGCUUUAACUUCUUUCUUACCUAUUAGCAAAUGUUUCUCAAGUUCAAAUUGACAAACAGAAUCUAAUACAUAUUAAUACUUCUGGCAAUGCCGUGUAC